AUGGGGAAGAGACACAAGAAGCUCAAAGCCCUGUCAUGUGAGGGAUCCCGCGACAUAGAUGAACUGCUGCAGCGGGGACCUAGGCCCAAGAUGGCAGCACGGCGGGAGCCUAGUACCUCCAAUUCUUCAGAGGAGGAACUCCUGGAUGUUCCAGACACUAUCUCAGAAACAGGGGGCCUUAACACUCCCUGGUCUACAGAAGACCUCAACACCCUGUUCACCAGGGGGGAUAUACUGGAGCUGAUAUAA